UGUGAAGUUGUCUCUCGACGCCUCUCUUGGUUGAUUGGCUGUUGCUCUGUGGAAAUCUGUAAUUUACUGUGCAAAAUCCUAACAUUUCCCACCAAAGUAGUAUCUCAAGCCCGAGCUGAGGUACGUCUGGAGAUAGUGAGCAGGAAAUAAAGAGCUGAAAAAAACGGUGAGGAAUAGCCGGAAAGGCGAGCGACAGAGAUGAGUCAGCCCACUACUAAGCAAACCGGGAGAAGGACUCCGCAGACAAAGCCGAAGAUCCCCAAGGAUCUCGCUGAGGGAUCAAUGGUUGUGUCUGUCAGUAAUUUGGACAAGAUUACGCUUGAGAAGUUAAUAGAAACACCGAAGGCAGUGGCGGCAUCACCGAAGAAGGAGGCGAAAGAGAGCAAAGCCGCUAAUUCUCCUGCGGAGAAAGUCGUAGUUAAUGUGCCGGAAGCGAAGGCGCCCACUGAAGGUGCCCAGAAUGGAUCUACGUCGGAGAAGAAGGCGACAAAUGGCGUGAACAGUGAGAAGACGGAGGAGGUGACCAAUGGAGAGGGCAAAGUGAGGGAGAGCCCUCGUCAGAAGGCGGCCAAGGAGGCGGAGAAGAAGAAGGAAGUGGCAGAAGUGGAGAAGAAGGAAGCGGAGGCGAAGUCUGAGUUAAAUGCGUCAACGGCUUCCACGAUGUCGCUGGCCAAGGAGAAGGAGCUGAAGGGCUUCAAGGACAACGGUGAUGAGAUGGCGUCGAUCGUGCUGCAGCCAGAUGAGGUCUCCGGGGCGCUAUUUGACUCUCCGCGUCCCAACAAGACACCCGGCAAGGGACUGAAGGGUGUCGCGACGCCCAAUCGCGCCCGUAUCAGUCCCUUCCGGAAGUCGGAGCGCCUCCAAAACGUGAGCACUGCCGUGAAUCUAAGCACAGUGAGCGAACAGAGCAAUGAAGUAGCUCCGUCGCCGCCUGUGGAUCAGUCUUUCGGCUCGUUGCGUCACGUCAGCGGCCGGCGAAGCUUUUCCAAUCGUCCCUUGCGCGAGUUCACCUUCCAGAAUGCGCACAGGGAGUCGUACAGGAAGCUACCUGAGGCAUACGAUGACUCCAUCUCCAGCGUGAACGCCACCGUUGGCUCGGAGAUCCACAGCGACAGCUUCCGCACUCCCAUCGUGGCGUCUGUGAAGGGACGCAAGAGGGAACUCACACCGCACGACAGUGACGAUGAUAUUCGCAUUGUGGACAAGACGCCGGGAAAGCGAGCCAGGCUCGAUUUGAGUGCUUUUCUGGGAUUCAUGGCCAGUCCAGUUACUCUGCUGCGCAAUAAAUUUCAGAGAGCAAACAUCCAGAGCAGCACGCCCAAUCAGUCGUUCGUGGUGGAGGAACUGGGCAAGGAUGCUGGCGACAAGGAGGUCGACUUGAAUUGUUCCAAAGAGCAGGAGAAGAGCGUGGAACUCGGCGAGGAGCCCAAGGACGGCCCUGAGGGCGUGAGUGAGGACUUGGAGCUGCUCAAGGAGAAGGUGGAGGACAUUGAGAUGAAGACACCCGCCCAGGGACGUCGCGCCUGUGUCGUCAUGUAAGUUCCCACCGAUCAACAACCUCCGUGUAUUUUCUACAUAUUAUCGUAAUUUUUAUAACUAUGGACCCAUUCAAUUGUAUCGUUUAUACUUGAAAGCGCCACAAACGCAUUACAAUAUCGACUAGGUGUUUAUUUGCAGAGAAAUUGUUUAGUUUUUAUAGACCAUUUACUCGCGAUUAGUGUUUUUUGUGUAGAGCGCGAAUUGAAAUCACAGAAUGCGAGGAAUAGUUAUCCUUGACAUUUUUAUUAUUAAUUUUUUCGAAUUGGAAAAUACAAUCCACAAUAAAGACAUUUUUUCUCAUAAUUCUGUAUUAUCUUUUUAUUUCCAAUGCGAGGAAAUAUUGAGCGUAGUUCAUUUCUCAAUUGG